AUGGCUCGGACGUCGUUCUUGUUCCAAGCAGUGUCCGAGUGCUCGUGCAUCAGCACAUCACUUGAGGCUCUUGGCGCCAAGGUGAUAGUGUUUAAGAAGAAGAGGAGAAAGAACUACCGCCGCACCAACGGUCACCGACAGGAGUUGACCCGGCAUCGAAUUUUUGAAGUAGCAGGCAUGGCGACAGACAGGUGUUUGACAGAGGCGCAUGGGCAGAAGGGAAUGCCAGCAGAGGAGGAAGAACGGGAGGGGGGGGAGGGAGAGGUAACAAGAAGUGGCUCAGAUGGGAGGGAGGGGGGUUUGGAUUUGGAGGGGAAGGAGAAGGAGGGGAGGGCGGAGGCAGAGGAGGUGCAAGCAGGGGAGGUGCGAGCAGGGGAGGUGCGAGCAGGGGAGGUGCGAGCAGGGGAGGUGCGAGCAGGGGAGGUGCGAGCAGGGGAGGUGCGAGCAGGGGAGGUGCACGCUCUUUGCUGGCGCUACUGA